GUCAAAGUUCCAAAAACAUUAUAGCACAUAAAUUUUAAUCAAUAUGAUUAGGGAUGGCUCCUAUCAAGCGGAAUUCGAAGACUUUCUGAGGAAUACCUGCUUAGAAAAUUUAGAAAAUGAGGCUAGUCUUGGUGUGGGUAAUGUUAACAAAGGUGAAGUGUUGUUCAAGCAGCUGCUUUUCCAAAAGGAGCUCACACCAAGUGAUGUAGGCAAGCUAAAUAGACUUGUGAUCCCCAAGAAAUAUGCCAUUAAGUAUUUGCCCCGCAUUCCUGAAGAGUCCUUGGAGGAGAAGGAAAGUCACGAGGAUGGGAUGGUAGAUGGCAUGGAGAUGGAGUUCCAUGAUCAUUCAAUGAGGUCAUGGAAGUUUCAGUAUAGUUACAGGAAGAGCAGCCAGAGCUUUGUAUUCACUAGGGGUUGGAGUCAGUUUGUCAAGGAAAAAGGACUUAAGGCAAAUGACACCAUUGCUUUCUACUUAAGCAAGCGGAGAGAUGUUUCAAACAAGAAGGAUGCUGAAGUUUUUUCAAUGAUCGAAGUUGUAGAAGACAAUAGCGGAUUAUUGAUUGAGGGUGAGGGUGCAGAACAUUCAUUUCUUGGGGUGAAUUUUGGCAAGGAUUGCCAUAAACAAGUUGAAGCUGGCGAGGAAGAAGAUGGUGAAACAGUCAUGGAAGAAGCCAGCAAUGAAAUUCCCAAGGCUGCCAAUUCAGGUUUUAGGCUAUUUGGAGUGCAAAUCAUAUGAUCUGA